AAUUUGUGGUGUAUUUGUUUGUUAUAAUAGGCUACAAAUACUUUUUAAGUGCAGAAAUAAGCGAUCGAAUGAGGUUUCGGAACGGAUUAAAUCACUUUUACAUUCAUUCCUAUGGGGAAAAUUACUUCAAACGUACGAGUAAAUUGACCUACGAGCAAUUUUCAAGAACGAAUUCUGCUCGUACAAUAGGGUUUUACUGUAUCUGGACUUCUACUUAAGUAAAGAAUGUGUGCACUUUCGCCACCUCUGCAAUGGCUAUUGUUAAAAAUUCAACUGAAAAAAUCUAAAUGUAUUAUUUUGUAAUAAAGCUUGUUCACAAAUCACCUCUUACAAGAGACUGAAACCACUCUUGAUUAACUACCGUAUAGAACUAAUUAUCACAAAACAUCUAAACAACAUCACAAAAUCAACAAGUCCUAACUUGGUAAAUAAAAUAGUAGACAAAAGUCAGGAUCCAUAUUCAGUGUCGUGGCUCCAGUCAUUUACUGUCGGUGUGACCCUGAUGGCUUUCCACAUCCGAACGCUGUUUCGGAAUGACGUCACUGGGCUCGAUGAGGAAGUGUGGAGAGAAGUUGACAGUGCGGCGGUUCCUCAUGUUCCGGGCUGCAUUUAUCUUUAAUAAAGUUCAAGCGCUUCAGUGCGGAGUGUUCUGAACUACUGAGCUGUAAUUAGUGCUCCAUUUAACAGUAGUCAUUUAGAGAGAGCAGUUUGUCCAGGCUGAGCGGGAUGGAGGUCCUUCACCUGACGGAAGACGAAAUGGCCGAAGUCAAGAAGAACGCUUUGGAGUCUCUUCGUCCAUAUCUUGUGGAGAAGCUGAUUGCAGAGAGACACUAUGAUUACCUUCGCUCGAAGAAGAUCCUGACACGAGAGGACACUGAGGAGAUCAGCUGUAGGAGCACACGAGGAAAACGUGCAGGGAAAUUACUCGACCUCAUCGCUGAGCAUCCGCGAGGCCUGGACACGCUGAUCGAGUCAAUCCAGCGCUGCCGAACGCUCAAUUUCAUCAUCACCAAGAUCACAGACGAGGUGCAGCGCUGCAAGAACGAGAAGAUCGAGGCACUCCGAGGCAUGUCCAGCUCCUCCAUGAAGGAUGCAUCUGGAGCCACUAACAACCUCUCAAAGGCAGACUUCUAUGAUUAUGAUAAGUGCUCCACUGUUUGUCUCCACCCUGAUGGGGAACGAAGUCCCACCUCUUCUGUGAUGAGCAGUUCUAUGAACUUCUCGAUUGCAGGGAAUCGUCAGAGGGGGCAGGACUGCGUAUCCGUCAGCGGUAUCGCCAGUCUAACAACCACAUCCAGCCUUCCCAAACCUGGCGAUCCUGGAGCCCCACCUCUCCCUGACGACAUCACUGUGGAAGAUCAGGAUGCAGAAGCAGGUGCUUGUGGGAGCACAGGAAGUAGUGGGGAUGCUAACUUCCUGCCGCUGCGUUCCCGUUCCUCAAACCUGUCUGUGGGCAACACACUCUGAGAAGGAAAAUACAAUGGCUGUGUUUCAGUAACUUAUUUAACGCACCCUCACUGACUUCCCCGGUCUUCACCUAGGCUUCCUCUAUAUUCACCAUUUUGGCUACACAAAAUUUCCCCUAAGAGUGUGUGUGUGGGUGGGGGUGGGGGUGACGUGUCUAAACCAAUCACUUUAUUCAUACUAGAGGAAAAUUCACAAAACUCUUCCUGAAGGUAAAUGAAUAAAUGAUGAUGGUGUGGUGGUCUUCUUCAGGACUGCUUGUAAGGAGCAGAUAAAUCUAGACUCUGAAAAGCUCAGGUGAUAAACUGUGUGUAGAAUAAUGAGCAAUCCUAAUCCCAAUCUUAAUUCUAAAGAUAAUUCCAAUCUGUGCCCUCUAAUAAAUCUCUUGUACCUCGGUCCAGCUUUCUUGAGUAAAAUCACAGCCCUUUCUGAUUGUAUGUCAGUGAAAAACUGAACUGAAGUCAGAUGUAGGAACUAAAGCGAGUCCAAAGCGAGUCUCCAGAGGAACUUUCUCAGCUUCUCAGGACACUUUAAAAACUACUCAGGUCUCUGUAAAUCUGUUCAGACGUGUUCCAGAGACUUCUUUAAACCACAGAGAACUCAUUUAAAGAUGUGGGUGUAAUAAAUAUUACAGUAAACACACUGCAAACUUCUCCAUGAGCCAAUCAGAAGCUUCAGACCUAAACAUCUCCUCCUCAUCAUCAUUCCUAUCUCACAUAAAAGCACAGCCAUUACUCAGACUUCUCCUGUAACUGCUGAUGUUUUCAAGACAGAUGUUCAGCAGUGUGUUAAUGAUGUUAGUUGGACUCUGGAAAUGUUCUCUCUCUCCCCUGGAAGGUGAUGGUGUGGAAUUCACUGUAAUGGACUUUCUACCUUCUCAGAUCUACUCUUUGUUUUUUUUUACUGAAGAAUAUCUUUCCUGUAAUAAUGAGAUGUAUAUUUUACAUGUCCUGUAGAAUUCUGUUUUUGUAAUGAUAACGUGACCUGGGAAAUGUAUUAAAUUUUAUUAAAUUGA